AUGGCUAUCUGUAGCACCUUCUUUGCGCGCAUGAACAUUCGGAAGCACACCUGGCGCCACCCGAAUGGCGAAUCGUGCACACAAAUCGAACACGUUUUGGUGGAUGGUCGACACUUCUCGGACGUGAUGGACGUCCGAUCGUACAGAGGACCGAACAUCGACUCUGAUCACUUCCUGGUAGCGUGCAAGAUCCGAGCUAGGCUGUCGAACGUGUUGACCCCGCGGACUGCGAGGAUAGUGCGGUUGAACGUCCAGCGCCUCGCGAGCAGCGACGUUGCUGCAGAGUACAGUCGGAAGCUCGACGAGCGGAUCAACGAGGACGCGCCUACGGGUAACCUGGACGAGCAAUGGGGAGCCCUCCAGAGCAUCGUCAACACAACGGCUACCGAAGUGAUCGGCACGACCAGAGGACGCAAACCCAAAGGGUGGUUCGACGCGGAGUGCCAGCGAGUGACGGACGAGAAGAACGAGGCCAGGAAGCGUAUGUUGGUUAAGGGUACGCGCCGAAACUGUGAGCGAUACAGCGAGCUGCGAAGAGCUGAGAAACGAACCCACCGCCGAAAAGAACGGGAGUACGACGAGAGAGUACUUGCCGAAGCUCAAGCACAGUACAACGCGAACGAUAGACGGAGGUUUUAUGCAACUGUCAACGGUGUAAGAAAGAAAGCGACGCCUUCCCCUGUUAUGUGCAACGACAGGGAAGGUAACCUGUUGACAGAUAAGACAGCGGUAGCGGCCAGGUGGAAGGAGCACUUUCAACAGCUGUUGAACGGUGAGAUGCGAGAGGGAGUCGUCGAGGACAGGAUGAACGUUGAGGAUGAUGGAAUAGCUGUGGACCCGCCUAUGUUGGAGGACGUAGAAAAAGCCGCAAAGGAGCUCAAGAACGCGAAAUCCGCGGGAAAGGACGGACUUCCGGCCGAACUUUUCAAGCACGGGAGCGCGCGGAUGAUCGAGAUUCUGCACCAAAUCGUCCAGCGAAUUUGGAGCGAAGAACAGCUUCCGACCGACUGGUUAGACGGGCUCAUCACCCCAAUCUACAAGAAAGGGCAAAGACUCGAUUGUGCCAACUAUCGAGGCAUCACAAUCCUCAACUCAGCGUACAAAGUACUAUCCCGAAUCCUGUGGAGCAAGCUGAGACCGUUGACCGAGACCUUUGUCGGCGAAUACCAGUGCGGUUUUCGAGCGGGUCGGUCAACGACGGACCAGACGUUCACUCUGCGACAAAUCCUCGACAAGUUCCGGGAGUACAACCUGCAAACACACCAUUUGUUCAUCGACUUCAAGGCGGCGUACGAUUCAGUCAAAAGAAACGAACUUUGGAAAAUUAUGCUAGAACACGGCUUUCCGGCGAAGCUAAUAAGACUGAUUCGUGCAACGCUCGACGGAGCAAAAUCAAGCGUGCGAAUAGCUAACGAGACAUCUGAAGCUUUCGUUACGUUGGAUGGAUUGAAGCAGGGCGAUGCUCUCUCGAACUUACUGUUCAUCAUAGCGUUGGAAGGUGCUGCUCGAAGGGCAGGCGUGCAAAGAAACGGAACACUCAUCACCAAAUCGCACAUGCUGCUUGGAUACGCUGUCGACAUCGACAUCAUUGGUAUCGACCGUCGUUCAGUGGAGGAGGCGUUCGUCCCUUUCAAGCGGGAAGCUGCGAAGAUCGGACUGACCAUCAACACUGCCAAGACCAAGUAUCUGGUUGGUGGCAGAGCGCGUGGCAGUGCCGGUGAAGGUGUUUCGGAGGUGGAAAUAGAUGGAGAAAGAUAUGAGGUGGUGGAUGAAUUUGUAUAUCUUAGUACACUCGUGACGUGCGACAACGAUGUGAGCUGCGAAGUGAAACGGCGGAUUAGUGCUGCAAACAGGGCCUUCUACGGUCUUCCUCUUUACGGUCACGAGGCGUGGACGCUGAAGGAGGCUGACCAGAGAGCACUUGGGGUCUUUGAGCGGAGAAUCCUGCGUUCUAUCUUCGGCGGCAAGCAAGUAGGAGACCGGUGGCGCAGGCGCAUGAACUUCGAGCUGUACCAAGACUACAAACAUGCUGAUAUCGUAAAAGUCAUCAAGCACGACAGGCUGAAGUGGGCUGGACAUGUAGCCACAAUGUCGGACGAGCGGGCGGCUAAAACGAUAUUCAGUAGCGAGCCUGGACGGGGGCGUCGGCUUCGUGGAAGGCCUCGUACGCGUUGGCUGUGUGCAGUCGACGAAGAUGCAAGAGCGGCCAACAUUCUGCAGACGCGCCAACACAAGAUCCUGAAAAUGAUGCAGGACUUGCCGUUUAACUUCCCAACGAACGAGCUCAAGGAGGCGGCCAACACGGAAUCGCUGGACACCUGA